AUGGUGCUCCCAUCGUCCCCCAAAGAUGAUUACGACCUGGAAUAUCUUACCAAUCACAUCUUCUUCCCACCUCAACUUCCCCAAGCCGAUGACUCCAGCCCCAAAAACGACAACGAUAUCUGUCGUGUCGUACUUGAAGCUGCUCGGGAGUACCAAGAGUGUCUCCCUAUCAUCGACAAAAAAAACCGUUGGCCCGAUGUCAUUGCAAUGUUAGACCGAUUUUGUUCUCUCUACCUCCCCCACCGUGAUUAUACCGAGGAACGCCUCACGGAGUGUAUUCAUAACAUGAACGACGGAGGUGUCGCUGCCUUUCUUAUCCGUGCACAGAACGUUGGACUCAUCAUUCGCAAGCUCCAAGACAGGACAGUUUUCGAAUCGUUCGAGGUCUCCGCCCCAAACGAAACUAUCAUGACCAACCGUGGGAAAUUGAACCGCUCUUUCCCUGGACCUGCGAUAGCUGUCCCCUCAAGUGAAGCCAAUAAACAUGACUUCGUUUGUGUGUUGGGCGAUUUCCUCGUGCAAAUGAACGGCACAGUCAUCAAGGACGCUAUGCCGACCACGACGAAGGCUGGAUCCAAUACCAUCGAAACCCGCGACAUACCGCAUCCAGGUUACAUUACGGAACUCCUCACUGGAAUCCUUCGUGGUAUUGGGCGACCCGAAGAUGUUCAACGAUUCACCAAACGAAUCGCAGAUGAUAUUCUGUGGGAUAAUGCUCUUCUUCCCUGGCGCCGCUCACCUCUGUGGCUUGUCAUUCGAGUGGCCUUACAGUCAUGCCUCGGAGACAAGACUAGCGGAUCGCACGAGACGUACAAAUCUUUCAUGGCCUUUUUGAUGUCACGUAUCCUCCGCAGGGUUGUUAUCGCAGAAUUUGAUAGCGAUAUCCUUUCGAUUAUGCAUAAGAAGCUUGCACGUCGUGUGUACAAGCUCGGUGAAGCUGCACCAUCCUUUUUGUUGGAUGAGGUGACUGAAGUUGGGAAGAGGGUGCUGAAGGUGCUGAAGAAACGUUGGGAUGUCGCUCAGAACGAAGAUGCGUUUGCUGGUCAGAAAGGGUGGCAACCGUCGCGCUUGGACCCUUCAGGAGACACCGCGCUUUCGCUCGACACCAGCAAAGCGUAUAUCUCUACCGUUUUGAAGGGGCAAUAUCAUGCUCGAGUAUUCAGUGGAUUCGACCCCAGCGAACAACCGAGGCUUAAGGGAAAGUUGGAGGAUUAUACCGCGGAUGGUAUCCUCCGAAAAUUGGGUGGUUUAGGGUUAUUCGACUUUGAGCGUGCAGUAGAGGAAGAGAUUGAUGAUUGGGUGUCUAACCGUCUGACUCUAAAUGAGGCGUGCUUGACCAUAUGGAAAUGGAUUGAGGAGUACCACAGGCAAGCUCAAGAUCGCUAUAGUGGGAACCCCGAUGGGAUAUCGGUUAUGUACCUGACAUUGUUGGAUCUCUGGAUUGGGCUCGAUAAGUUAUGUGUAGCGCAGUGUCCGUUGCUGCUUGACUAUUCUCCAGAGAUGGUUGAGACCAUUUUUGAACCCCUCCUCCUUCGUCGACCCGAGUCGAUUGAACGCUUGAAGAAGGCCUUUCUGCAUCUUCGAUACCGUCAUGCCCGAUCGAAAGACUCGGAUACGAUAUUUUCCGAUUCGAUAUCAUCCUCUAGUUUCUCUGUCCGUUUUUUCGACAGUUGCACGAAGCUUCAGAACCUAAAACAAGAGAUAGAGUCACAAGCCACCCGGGACCGUCAGAAAAAGGUACAAGAGUUGGAGAAACAAAAUACACGAUAUGACGACCUUAGAAAGAAAUAUCGGGCGAUGGAUUGUGACCUUUGGGAAAACUGGCGGACUGGUCGAAGACAGCAUGAUCGAAAUUGUGAAAAGUGUCGGGUGCAGAGAGAGUAUGAGUCUAUGAAGAUCCUUAUUUUCGAAUGGCCACUUCCAUCCCGCGGUGAGGAGGCGAAAGCGGCGGUAUUUGAAAUCGCGUGUCCUACUGUCUUUGGAGUUUGGCGCCAGGCCACCUACCAUAUCCUGCUCGAUAUCUGCACACCUGCCAAGCUUCGUCCCGAUUCUGUCCCGGCCAAGGUGGAGCUCUCCAGCUAUGAUGGGCUUUGCCGCUUUGUUGACCAUUGUUCCGUCAGGAGGCUUUCCCUGGCAUCUUCAACGAAAUCCUGGACCAGGACCCACUACAAGGAGGUUUCGCUGCCUUCAGAGGAGGGCGAAGUCUGUAAGACCAAUGGACUACGACUUUCACUAUAUGAUCUAUCAACUAAAGUAUGGGUAUCCUCUCGUUUCGCCCGGGACUGUACGAUCGAUAGCGAAUGCACGUACAAGCUCCCCACAGGGCCCUACUCGAAUCUCCAAAAAACCCUGUACUCGACUCUCCACACCACAAACGAUAUCCUAGCCAGCCAAUUUUAUUGCCAUCCAGAGCUCAGUUUACAUGAGUACAUCGCUUUCGGGAGUCUACGUGCCGGUGAACGACUUCAAUGGGGGAAUAUCCUUAGGGAAAUUCACGCUCGAACUCUUACGUUCUCUCAAGAUGCGGUGGAGAUGUUGAUCGCCCAGUCCGCGUUACAGAUUGGUUCGUUGUCAAAAGAAAGGCGGUGGAAAUGGCACGAAGAAAUUCUUAAUCCCGAAUUCCGUCGAUGUCUCCUAGAGGAGCUUGAGGAUCUUCUAGUCAGCAUCCAACCCAACUGGUCAGAAGCAGCCACGAUGAGGACUAUCAUUCUUCUCGCCCGUUGUGUUCUAACUUGGUCCACCAAUGAUGAGAUUUGCCAAACGUUUCUUGGAGUUUUACGAGAUUGUCGACGCGUUGCGUAUGGCUGGAUGAAGAACGUGGGCGAGAGAUUGAAAGAUAUCAACAAAGACAAUGAUGCUCAGGAGUUCCAGCUACGAUUGUGCGAAAUGGCAGCUACCUGUCGGAGUACGUGCGAUGUUGGCUCUCGGUGGUAUCGUCGUGCUUGCGUUGAAGAUCAGUCCAGUAAAGGUCAUUCUGCUAACAGUGAGACGUCUCGUCAACCGUCUUCUCUUACCAUGGUGUUGGAAGCGGGGAUGGUCCUACGAGAUAACAUGCCUCUGGACCUGGCGAGCGCUAAUGUCUCGCAGGUCAUCAGACAGCUUCUCGCUCGUGACGAUCGAUUCAGUCAUUCUUUCGAACAAUUUCUUGCAAGCGCUAUCAUCGAGUCCAAUGAUAUUCUUCACGAAGCUAUCCGCAGAUAUUGGCCCGCUUACUCCCGCACUCCGGAAUCUUCUUGGUGCCAACUCCCUGCACCUAAUGAUCGCUGGCUAUGCCUACGGGACGGCACUCAGCCUGUGCACUUCAACGUCCUCCAGAGUCAGCUUUUGGUGGAAGGUAAACCUAUUGGCCGCUUACCCUCAAAAUUUGUGUCCCAUCUCACGUAUCAACGCAUAUUUGGGCAGACAAUCCUCGAUGUAGUUCCUCCCGACCAAUCAGAGCCUGGUGUAGAGUUUGCGACAAAAGACCUCAUCAAAGUUAAGGACCCCAAGAAGCUGGGCUACCAGGUUUUCUUCGCCUACAAUGUCGAUAAAGGUGAACUCAUUAUCAAGGCCACAUGUCGCGAUACCAACCGACGUUUUGAGCUGAUUCCACACACAAAACUGCUCGGGGAUCUUCCUCAGUUUCUUGUGGAAGAUUAUACACAUUGGCUGUCUUUGGAUGAUGAAGUGAUCGAGCUUCGUCCACGCACCGACAUCUGGAAUACCUAUCCAGCCAACUGGCAUAUUGUAUUCACCGACUCACAUUCCUACAUGUGUCGAGAACCUCCUUCAGGAUUUUUUCGACUUGUUGAUGUUCGCAGUCAGACCGCCUCGAUGCUCAGCUCUCGACUUCAACCGUUGGAGAAGAGCAACUUCAUGACCAUGAUCUACUCCAUAAACACUCAUGAUGUGACAGUCGAACUUCCACGAUACCGCCUCUCAUUUCGGUUGAAUCCGGACGGACAACUCCUCUGUAGCACAUUACCUAACAUGGCCGUUGACGACAAUCAAACCGCUGGAGUCAUGAUUGGACUCGCAAACAAACUCGUGUUACGCAAUAUGAAGUGUGAUGCGAGACGUGAACUUCUCCUUCCUCUCGGAAGGGUUGAUUUCUCGAAACAUGAAAACACGAAACACACAGAGGUCACUAUUGACAUUGGCUCUCAACGUCGUGUAUCGUACUUCCGAUACACAAUUGACGAUCUAUUGGGUCGACUAUCUGGGAACACCAGCCUGCAUGCCCGGCUCUACAGGUUAUAUCUCACCGCGGUUACAUCGUCAUGCCUUCCGAACCCGUUGACGGAACGUACAGGCACCCAGGAGGCUCUCGCGGAGUUGAAGUCAGCCAGUUGCAGGUCUUUCAUUACCCUCGACAAAAAAGCUCAAGACCUCCUCCACAAGUUUGCCGAACUGAGCCCAAGACGUUCUUACUAUCCCGAACAUCUCAAGGUCAUGCAAAGGGUUGAGUGGAGAGAUUUACCAUCUUUGGCCCAACAUGACGAGUUCUAUGAGGCCUCCCGAACCAUUCUCGAUUUCGCACGUCGACUCCAGGUCUUUCCCGGUGAACGAGAUCCCAAACCAGUCCAAGUCCUUAGUUCUCUACCUGCUGAGCUAUUGUUACAACGGGCGGCAGCACGCAACUUGUGGUUUUACCCUCCAGAGUUCCACUUCGAAUGCCCCAAAGACCUCAUGUAUUGCUCCCGCGACAUUCCUGAUUCGUCAGCUGAGAAUCUAGUGUUCUCGAACUCCAGUCUGGUUAGAUCCUGGCCGGCAAGACUCUCUACUACCCUCAACCUACUGCAGUGGUUCGAAAAAUGGUCCAACUUAUCAGGCUCCGCCAUGGAAAGGCGUACGGUAUCCCACGUUGAGUUGAAUGGAGAGUUGGCAGACAUUUGGAUGCUGCUCUACAACCAUCUCCGAAGCAAAAGCACCAACCUACACCAAGUGUUGUUCACACUGUGUUCGUUGGCAUACUUUCACAAAUCAUCUGAUGUCCAAAGCCUCAUCCCGACUCUUCUUGCCUUUGCGACCAAUCGAGAACAUUAUCGCAAUCUUGACCCCCCUCAAUGGAACUCAUACACGCUGUCUAAAGGUUUUGAGCCCGAUCGCGACUCUUUGAUUGGCGUAGCGGAAAACGCCGCAAAAGGAUUCAAUUAUAAUGAUUAUACUAGAGAAGUUCCUUCACGCUCUGACGAAAAUUAUUGGGAGCUUGAAUCGCGACGAAGAAUGUACUACGACAAACAGCUAGAAUCGGAAGCAAAGACGGUAGUUGAUUUUGUUGUACGCCAAUGGCCUUGCCUUGAGCCAUCAGCUCCAAUGCAAACCAGCUUCUCACUCAUCAUGGUUCAAGACUUUAUGUCAAAAGCGAGAUCCUUGUUCGCUGACUGGUAUCACAAUUGGGACCUUCGAAACCAUGUCAACGAGGUACAAAGGCACCUGGACAUUGUCCGUGACUCAUCUCUCAAAUCACUAGCAUGCGUCUACAAAUCCGAAGCAUGCCUAGCGAUGGCUUCACAAUCAAGGUCUCUCCUCGUUUCCCUACAUGACCUCUUUGAAGCAAGGAUGGCUCCAUUGUGUUUGGACCGUUUACCCAGCACUCUACCUGGCCGGGCUAAGCACGACUGCAGAAACCUGCAGUCGCUAGUGGAUGAGCUGAAGAACAGUACUCAAAACAUUCACCAUACCUAUGCUGAAGGUCUUCAAGGAAGUUUAGAUGCACUAGGGUCCAUGCAUCAGGAGAACGGCCUACCAACGUACAGAAAGGAAUGCGAAAACCAUUUCUCCAAGGUGUUCAAGACGGUACAGCACACACUCAGCAACCCGACCAAACCUAUUGAGGAGAUAUUGCAGCAGGCAAACUUGUGGCCGGCUUACGAACUUCAUUCUGUCUUGCAGAGCAUGGCGUCGAUCACUCCAUUCGAGGUACCAGCCACUUGGAUUGAAGUUCUGCGCCAUCUAGCGCGAAGCCUGAUCCUGUGUCAGAGGUCUCGGAGGUUGCUAUGUCUAGCUCAACUUGAAAAGGGUGAUGACCUCGAGAAGGAACUCAACGUCGACGAGUCUGUUCUUGCAGUCAAGGACUUUGAUUGGCUACUCAUUCAGGUGGAUAAUGACUUUCUUGUUAGGAAGGUUCAGCUCGCUGUUGCGCAGGAAAUGACCUCACCUUCUAGCGGUGAGAACACCCUGCUUCAGCUGAACAUGGGCGAGGGGAAGUCAUCUGUGAUCGUUCCAUUCGUUGCAGCAGCCCUUGCGGACGGCGAGAAACUCUUGAGGGUUGUCGUUCUGAAAUCGCUUGCUGGUCAGAUGUUCUCCCUCCUACAGCAGCGCCUUGGUGGCCUUGUCAAUCGUCCAAUCUUGUACUUACCUUUCUCUCGAGACGUUAAAAUGGGAAGGCAGGAAGCAAUAGAGCUGCAGGAACUCUACGAGGAUGCGGUUCGUGAUCAUGCAAUCAUCGUCGCUCAACCUGAACAUUUGUUAUCAUUCAAACUUAUGGCCGUCGAUAAACUCGUAGAGAAGAACGAGCUGUCCAAGCAGUUGAUUAAGACACAACUGUGGCUCGAUGACCAAGCACGAGAUGUCUUAGAUGAGAGCGACGAGAUAUUACAUACUCGCUAUCAACUCAUCUAUACGGUCGGAGCCCAGCAAACACUGGAACUUGGCUCAAAUCGUUGGCGAACAAUCCAGGGAGUCCUAUCUCUUGUCAAGGAAUGUGCUCAGCACGUUCAAGACUCGAUUCCUUUGGGACUAGAGAUAGGGCAAUCCGAUAAUCAGUUCCCGCAGAUUCGUGUCCUCAAGCACGAAGCUGGAGAGAGGUUGGUUUCUGAAGUUCGUAAGAAGGUGAUGGACAGCCGUCUUGAAAGCUGCUCUUUCGAACGAUUUCCAAGUAGCAUAGGGGAGAUCGCAGAACGUUUCAUAGCCAACGAGACGCUGUCUCACGAGGAGAGGGCAUUCUUUGGGGCUGAUUCUGAUACGGACGAUCUGUGGAAGAAGCUCUUGCUAUUGAGAGGAUUACUAGGACAAGGUAUCCUCGUUUACGUGUUACAACAGAGACGGUGGAGAGUCGACUUUGGGCUGGACCUAGCCAGAUCGCUUUUGGCGGUUCCAUACAGAGCGAAGGAUGUGCCCUCUUUACGAGCAGAAUUCGGUCACCCCGAUGUCGCCAUCCUUUUAACUUGUUUGAGCUAUCUAUAUGGUGGGCUCUCACAAGCCGAAUUGGAGACGAGUUUUCAGCUCCUCUUUAGGUCAGACAACCGUACGCGUGUUUACGAAGAUUGGGUUCGCGCUAUUUCCAAUGUUCCAGAUGAUCUUCGCAACAUUUCUGGCGUCAAUUUGAGGGACACUAAACAAUUCCGCGAUACAAUUUCCCCCUUGUUCAGAAUGAAUCCCGCUACGAUCGAUUUCUACCUCUCCCAAGUCGUCUUCCCCAAAGCCGCAAAAGAGUUCCCAAAGAAGCUGACCACUACAGGUUGGGAUUUAGCACGCCGGAAGAAGCAUGUUACGACGGGCUUUAGUGGAACCAACGACAAUCGUCAUCUUCUUCCGACUUCGAUCGCCCAGGUAGACACCACAGAUCGCAUUGGUACCAAUGCCAGCAUGUUAUCUUUGUUGCUCGCCCCGGAAAAUAACCAUUACGAGCGUCUUUCAGUCCAGGUCCGAACUGGGCAGGAAAUCAUCGACGCUAUAGUGGGAACGGCUGAAACGCCGUUUCAGCCCGAUAUCCGAGUACUCCUCGAUGUUGGAGCCCAAAUACUGGGGUUGUCCAACCUUGAAGUCGCGAAGUAUUGGCUCUCCAAGAGACCAAAUCUUCAAGCAGCUGUCUUCUUCAAUGAACACGAUGAAUUAGAGGUCCUACACAACGGAACAAGUGAACUCCUGUCAUUAUCUCCCUUCCAUGACAACUUUGAUCAAUGUGUGGUGUAUCUCGAUGACGCCCAUACUCGUGGUACCGACUUGAAAUUGCCCACCAACUGGAGGGCUUGUGUUACGUUGGGCCCCAAGGUUACAAAAGACAGAUUAGCUCAGGGUUGCAUGCGCAUGCGCAAAUUGGGUCGUGGACAGACCGUCGUUUUCAUGGCUCCCAGGGACGUCGAUAGUGCUAUCCGGGCGAGGGCCGGGAAGGGCGAUGAAGACAUUGUCGAGAGUCGUGAUGUCGUUCGCUGGGCUAUGCUCGAGACCUGCGCUGACAUCCAGCACCACGUUCCUCAUUGGGUUCAACAAGGUGUCGACUUCACCGCUCGCGAUGAAGGGUGGAAGGAUUUGGUUUCUUCUGAGGAUCCGCUACAAGCCCGAGAAGCCCUCACGUCUAGCUGGCUACAACCCGAAGCACGUACACUGCAGGAGAUGUACGGCAAAUCUUCGAGUACGGAUGACAACAGCUUAACGAUGCUGGCGCGCAAAAGACCUGAGAUUUGGAACAGAUGUAAACAGCUCGGCGUAACUGAAAUCCAGGACCCUCGUAUUGAAGAAGAACAGGAAAGAGAGGUCAGCCAUGAAAUGGAAACCGAGCGGCAGAUAGAGCGACCACCCAAAGCGGAACCGGCAACUCAUGUCCUUCAUCCUGAUGUCAAACAGUUCGUCGAAUCUGGAGUUGUUUUAGUAGGAUCAUCUGCGUUUGAUAACGCCUUUCCGUCCCUCAGAGUCAGUGCUGGGAGCACGGAAGAUCUUCGAUGGAAAGGGUCAACGCGUGCAAUGCUCAUUGCAACUCGUGACUUCCUGGACACAAUAAAACCCACUUCUAAACUUUCGGUCAGUGAUUACCUUCGACCUGUAAACUGGGUAGUCUCCAGCUGUCGUGUGCGCUGCUUGGUGAUCUUGAGCCCAUUCGAAGUGAACGAACUUCUCCCCACAAUACGUCAGAGUGAGCACGUGCGCCUUCACGUCUACACACCUCGAAUAACCCAGUUCAUGCGACCCGUUGACGACCUGAGGCUAUACUCCUUCCGACUUUCCUCUGAUGCAUGGUUGGGGCCAGAACAGGAAAUGGUUGAUCAGCUUAACCUCUGCGCAGGACAGCUCUAUCUUUCGGAUUACGACGCCUAUCGUCGUAUCAGUGCCCUUCUGGGCGUGCCUACUCCGAAAGACGCCAAAAUGAAAUCCGAAAACGACGGAUUUGUGAAGCCCGAAAACCGUGUCGAUCGCCUCUCAUCCAACUCCCGCAGUUCGAGCCCGCUGGAGUAUCUGAGGCUCUUGGUCGGCUCCAGACGAAAGGGCAUAACAUUUGAGGCUACGCAUCUGGGGAAAGUAUUAGGUUUUAGAUUCCUCGUGCCAAGCGAGUUUGAUUCUGAAGGACGUUCGGAUGAAAUGUGA